GCCAAGCUGGAGAAAGAUGGCGGCGCCCGUUCUGAGAGUGUCCACCCCUCGAUGGGAGAGAAUAGCCCGGUUGCUGGUGUGUUUUUUGGGUAUCCUGCUCUCUGUAUAUGCUUACCAUGUGCAAAGGGAAGUAACGAAGGACCCGAACUAUGUGGCGCUCUGUGACCUGAACGACUCGUUGAGCUGCUCGAAGGUAUUCACGUCCAGAUGGGGACGAGGAUUUGGAUUGCUGGGCUCCAUCUUUGGUAAAAACAGUGCAAUGAACCAGCCGAACAGUGUCUAUUCACUUGCAUUUUAUGUUCUACAAAUGCUACUGGGUAUGACAGCAAGUGCGAUGGCAGCUCUUACCUUAAUGGGCACUUCAAUAGUUUCAGUCAUUGGCUCUUUGUACCUUAGUUACAUCCUGUACUUUGUGCUAAAGGACUUGUGUAUCAUCUGCAUCACAACAUACACACUGAACUUCAUUCUCUUAAUCCUCAAUUAUAAGCGACUGGUUUACUUGAAUGAAGCCUGGAAACAGCAACUUCAAACAAAGCAGGAAUAAACAUGACCUUUGAACUGUGAUCUACCACCUGGACACGUUGCUUCCAUCAUGUUUAUUCUGCAAAAAAAAGAAUAAAAAGGGACAGGGGUGAUGGGAUUGUAUAGGAAGAAAGUGUACAAACAAACCCCCUUUUUUUAAAGAAGGAAGUAUCACAGUUUCCUGAAUGAUAUAGAUUUUUUUUUUUUCUUUUUGGAGACUGUAUGGUCUUGAAUUUAUGUAUUUGUGUAUGUAUGUCAGUUUUUUUUCCCCUCCUUAGUCAACUGUUUCCUGCAAAUUAAGAAAGCGGUAAAUAGUAAAUAUUGGUUGUUUAUGAGCUUCUUGUUGACAAGCUUUAACUGUACUUUACAUUACAGCUUCAGGCUGUUAAGUUAUUUGCAUUUACUUGAAACUAAAUUAAAUGAUAAUUGUAUAUGCAUCAAAAAGAGGAAACCGUGCAGAACUGAGAAACUACUGUAUGGGUCACAAGUAUGACCCCCUCAGUACAGAGUAAGAAAAUAAUCUUUAUGUUUACAUUAUAUUGUAAAAGGACCACUAAUCAUUUCUGGAGCACUGAUGAGUGGCUCCUUCUUGUAGCUGUCUCUCUUGUUUUUGUUUAGGUGUCUUUACAACCUGUAAAUAGCAGUUCCUAAAUACAUUGUAUGUCUUUUUUAUACUUUUCAUUGUUUUCAGCAUUAUUUUGGGUUCAUGUCUACAAAGUAGUACAAAUUAUGAGAAUAUUAGAUAUAACCCAUGAUGGUGACAAUAGAUAUAACGAGUGAGAAAGCAGUCUGGGUUCAGAAUAGUGACCCACCCGACAGAAGCUUACUUGCACAGCAGAUAUAUUCUUAUGUUUAUGAAAUGGCACAAAAUGAAUUAGAAUGGCUGGAGAUAAAUCUUGAAUAUAUAUAACUUGUUACUGAAGGUUUUAUGCCCCCCAUCAUCUCUUAAAGAGUAUACAGAUUUUAGAUGUCAGAAAAGCUAAUUUAAAGAAACUUAUUGCAGGGUUUAGGUUGUCAACAGUUUUUCUUGUCUCCUUAUUGAUUAUUGAACAUGUAUUGAUGUGCUGCCAUCAUUUAAUAGUUUUAGUUUUAAAAACAAUGCCGAGGGGUUUUUCAAAGUGUGUUCAGUUUUGUCUUGUUAUAUCUGAUGAACUGCUUGGUAUGACACACUUAGUGUAAUUGGAGGUUUUCAUUUAAUAAGUUAUGGGUUGCUCUUUCUGUAAACCAUGUCAGCAGAACAGGUUUUAUCAGUUUGAAAUGAACUAAACUAAUUUUGACACUGAAACAUGUUUUUUUUUUUUUUUAAUAUUCCCAAUCCCAUUGCAGGUAUAUACUGCAUGUAUAUCAAGGUGACUCCUUGUGGUCAUUCAAACUGCCUUCACCAUAUAUUACUUUGGAUGUUAAUUACACUUUUAAAUUUUAAUAUUCAGAUAAAAAAUGAAUGAAGCAGCCAUGCACUAGAGUUUGAUUGCAGUUCAUUCCAACACUUUUUUUUUUUUUUUUUUUAACUCUUUUUACAAAAAGUAGAGAUUUGUGGUAUUGUAUCUUUUUUUAACGCUAAAGCUGCUCAGCUGUGGUUCCUGACAGAAUUUUUUUAAAACUUUCCAUAAAUUAUAAUUGUUAAUUGUGAUAUUUUGUUGCGAAUUAAGUUAAUUUUUAUGUUUAGUGUCACUUAUUUAAAACAUUUUGGUUGUGGUAAGUAAGCAGGCAUGAUUGGCAAAUUAUUUUCUUUCAUUGGAAGUUAUUUGCUUAUUGGAGUCUAACAAAUUAAAAGUUGCACACAUUUAGUAACAUCCAAGGGUUUGCAAAAGGACCUGGAAGUGAUAUUGGAUUACAGAAUUUCCCCAUUUGUAAGUUUCAGAACACACACAAUCGGUGUAAGGAUAAGUGUAGAUGUUCAGUGGUUUCAUAGCAAUCUGCCAUCAUCUGCUGAAACACCAACCCUCCUACUGGUUGUAGCAGCAUAAACUAACCCAUUUAAACUUGACUGUAUAUUUUCAAUAUGUAGAGUUGAUCUCUUGCCAAUAUAUGUAUGAAGCUAAACCAUAAAACCAUUACAUGUGACCUCAGAAGUGCCUUCUGCUUAGUUGCGUUUUCCGGUCAUCUAUGAACUUACAGUAACCAGUAUCUGCUAGUCUUUUACCUUUAAGUUGUGUUAACUAAAUACCUGGUCACAUCUGAAGGUGUAUCUUGUGACUAUACUGAACUGGUCUCCUAUUUUGUGGUUGUUGAAACUGUGAUGUGUCCAGUCUUGUACAUUAUCCUCCCCUCAAAACAUGAUUUGCAAUACACUAUUAGUGUUGUUUUAUUGUUUACAUGUGCUACUUGCCAUAAAUUAACUUUUUUUAAUCCAAUGUUUUCCUUGGACUCCUAUUUUUGUCUUUUACCCACAUCGUGUGGGAAUAUUUAAGUAUUUUUUUUUUAUUUGUAUAUAAUGUUGGGACUAAGGUGCUUUGUUCUAUGAGCAUUUUAGGUAAAGGGGUCUGAAGAAUGAGCACUUGGAAAGCAAUCAAAUGUCUGUGUCUGUAAUGUUUGCCAAAUACAUCUUGAAAAGAAAACUAUGCUGUAUUUUCUUAUAAAAAGUAUUACAUGCAGAUUUUGUUUGACAUAGUUUAAUGUAUAAAUACUGUACAUGGAAUAAUAAUUAAAAUGAAUGGUUUUCAAAUAAGCAUCCCAAUUUAGGUGACUUUCAAAGCUGAUGCUGCCAUGCAAACAUUCCUACUGCUGAGAAUGUCAUUGACCUUGCAAAAUCUGUUGUAGUCUUGUCCUGGGUGUGCUUGUUUUGUCUUGUAAAGUCUUGUUAAAGCUUGUCCCAGCCUGAUUGGUUUGAUUCAGAAGUAUUUGUCAUUAUCAUUAUAUACAUUAUUAUUAGUAUUACCCAUGCAGGACAUCAUUGUUCCUUUUUUUUUUUUUGUUUGUUUUUUUGUUACAGUUAUAAUGGACUUCUGUGUUGCCACACAUUCCUCUGACCUUUUGUCAAGCAAAGCAGGCAAAAGUAAUAACUGUUUUAAGAUUUUGCACAAAUUAAAAAUUAAAUAGACUUCUUGAUUUAAAUAUUUUAACCAUAUUUUACAGUGACAAGGGUUACAAAAUGAUGUUUAGGAUCUUUAUGCCAUUACUUUUAAUAACCUAAAUUUUAUAUUGAAUUUGCGCAUGAGAGGUUAGUCUGAAAUUUGCACAAGAGUGUGAAAGGAAAAACACAACCCUUUUUAAUAUUUCAGAUAGGCAGGAAUUUGGGAGGUGGGGGUUGGGGGUGUGGUUUAGAUUUUGUAUUAUGGUGUUGCAAAUAUGAAAAAAUGAAUUAAAGAGGCUAUAUGUAAAAUAUUAAAACAAAGCACCUCAAAGGGCCUCAGGAAAUGUUUGAGUGGAUGGUGCCUCAUUUCUGCUGCUUAGUGGUAUUUCUAUCAUUUCUGUAAAGCCUGUAUUUAUUGUGUGUUUAGCUGGUAGGGAAGAGUAGCUUCUUUGGUGUAUCAUUUCCUCACAGUGCCUAAGUCACUAUAAAACAUAAAACUAAAACCUAAAA